AUGAGCAAAUCUUUGUUACAGAGAGCAUAUGGGAUCUGUGAGAACAAGCACCUGGCCGCGGAGCUUCAGCACGUCAAGCAGGUUCUGCACAAAAUCAAGCUUCGGGUCCCACGUCUUCGUCACAGUGACCGAGUGAAGCCGACCGCAGUUGAGCGUGUGCCUGAUGUACUACCUAGAGAAGACGGUUGGGUACUACCACCUGCUUGGGACACUAUAAUUAAUAAAAUUAAAACAAACCCCAAGCAUACCACUGCAAGACUUAAAGAUAGAGUGUUUGACUUAGGGAGUGACCUUGUAUCCGAAGUACAGUUUGACCGAAAGUCGGAGUCACCAAUAAGUAAUAGCAUAAAUUCGGUUUCUCUUAAUAAAGGCCUUGAAGAAUACGAGUCUUUAUCCAUAGAACAAAAACAAAUCAUGGAUAAUUUAAUCCAACAGUUUGAUACAAUUAACAUAGUUAAAGUAGGUUUAGGACGUACCAAUUUAAUUCAUCACGUCAUAGACACAGGGGAUAGUAAACCUAUUAAGCAAAGGUACUAUCCAUUAUCACCUGUUAAGCAACAAGCACUUGAAAAAAAAUUGGAUAGAAUGCUUAGUUUGGGAGUUGUGUCACCUUCACAGUCAGCUUGGAACUCACCUGUAGUAAUGGUUCAGAAGCCAAAUGGAGACCUAAGGCUUUGUCUAGAUUGUAGAAAAUUAAAUGCAGUUUCCAAACCCGAUGCGUAUCCUCUCCCGUAUAUAAGCAGCAUAUUGGAUCAGCUCCGCGACGCGAAAUACCUAACGUCAAUAGAUCUUUCCGCUGCGUAUUGGCAAAUACCCUAUGAUAGCGAGCAAUCAGCUGAUAAGACCGCGUUUCAAUUCAGUUCAAUCUCCUUUUCCUUGCAUGGCUUAAGAACAGGAGGUGGUAAAGCGGUGGUUGGUCGAGGAGGUAGACGUGGGAGUGGACGCGGUGUAAAUAGAGGGGUUGGACGUGGUCAACAACGGGGGGAGGGACGUGGUCAACAACGGGGGGAGGGACGUGGACCACGAACAAGAGGUGGUCGAGGGCGAGUGCAUGAAAUUGAAAGAUCGCCGUUAUAUGUCGGGGACAUCAUUACGACGGAUCCAGACUCCACGACGGUACGUGUUGGGAGCCCACUCGAGAAACCCAUGCACCAAAAAGUGCCACGGCGUUGGGUUCCCAACCAGUCUGCGCCGUCGUUGGCUGAAAUCAUGGAGAUUCCGAGUAGGCCAGAUACCCCGCAGGGUAUCGAUCGCAAGUUCGGCACUCUUGCGGACCCCAGACCCUCGGCAUAUGCGUCGCAGGUGCCCUCACCAGCCGAGUUCAUGGAGAUUCCGAACACGUCAGAUACCCCGAAGGGUGUAUCUGUAAACCCCUCUUCGUCCGUGUCUGGUGGUCAUAAACGGAAGCUGGUCUAUAAUGUGGACGAUCCGGAGCUGGCGGAUCUUGUGAACUACGGAAAUGAUCCAGAUGAUGACGAGGACGUGGACGAAGAUGACGAUGUCUUCGGAUAUAUGCAGCGUCCUCAAAACGAACGAAUCUAUUUAGAUUCGAAAUCUAUAUGGAUUGCGAUGCUCCGAUGGACCCGCCUACCGAGCCGUCAUUAUCGGUGGAAUCAAUUAGCCCGCCGCCAUCCACACCCGCGCCAUCCACAUCCACGCCAUCAACAUCCGCUUUUGAAAAGCCAAGGUUUUGAUUGUGUGGGAACACUAAGGUUAAAUAGGCAAAAUGUGCCCUCAAAUUUAAAGGCGCUUAUAAAACAGCCUCUUGCUUUUGGCAGCGUGCACGGCGCCACGAGUGGGGAUGUUGAUAUUCUGGUUUGGAAAGACUGA